UAUGGCUUUUCACGCGCAGCCCUUGCAAAUUACUAACCAUAUGCAUCGCUUGGAUAUCUUUCUUCACAGCUUCUUGAUCCAAAUGUACGCGGCUUAUGGCAGCAUGGGCGAUGCUCUUGGAGUGUUUAGCACCAUUUUCCAGCCAAAUCAAGUCUUCUGGACGGCAUUGGUGCUCGGACGUGUGGACGCUCGUUUGCGCGCUCAAAGCUGGUUGAAGCUCGGUAGCCUUGAGGCUUGGCCGGAUACUUCACGAAGAGAUCACGAGCUUGGGGUUCCAGUUCCAGGGAGCCGUGAUCUCUUCAUUGGUCGAUUUCUACAGCAGCUGUGGGAGCAUGGACGAAGCGGAGCUGGUUUUUAGCUCGGUCUCGAGGAAGGAUGCUGUGAGUUGGAGCUCACUUAUCGCGGGCUACAGCCGCCAGGGAGACAGCGAUCAAGUGAUGUGAGGGGGGUGUCAAGCCGGACGGUGUAACUUAUGUCUCGGUGCUCACGACUUGCACCCGGGCUGGGAUGAUCGAGCAAGGCAAAAAGUUUUUCCAGGAGAUGAUGUCUAGGUGUGGAUUAGAUCCGGGCAUUGAGCACUACCACUGCAUGAUCGGCAUGCUGGGACGAGCAAAGCAGCUCGAGGAAGCUCUGGUGGAAGCUCAAAUAUGUUUGGAACAUUUUACCAUCUAUUCAUAAUUUAUAAACUUUGUUAAAUAUUUAUAUGUUCUACCAUCAAAAUUAAUUGGUUUAACGUUU